UGACAAUUCUAACCUCAAAUACGCACGUUUUGUUUACGUUCUGAGAUCACUGUUUCGGAAUUAAAAUAAAAUUCUUUCAUCAUGGGUAAACGUAAAGGGAAAUGUGUUAAGAAGAAUACAGCGACUAAGCAAGCGUUGGAACCAGAACAUGUAGUAAAAGCUCCUCAUUCCUUCGUUAUCCACAGGGGACAAUGUUCAAAAGAUCUUAUGGAUCUUACGAAAGACUUCAGAAAAAUAAUGGAACCAUUCACUGCAUCACAAUUAAAAGAACGAAAGAAAAACACUAUUAAGGAUUUCUUGUCAGUAUCCGGGUAUCUACAUGUAUCGCAUAUGAUGGUAUUCACAGAAACAGAGCUGGGUUCAUACAUGAGAUUGGCGCGAUUACCCCGUGGACCAACACUUACUUUCCGAAUACAUAAUUACAGUUUAUCAAGAGAUGUGGUUUCAUCACUCCGGAAGCAAUAUGUGAAUGCAAGAGCCUUCCAAAACGCUCCAUUGAUAGUUCUCAAUAGCUUCUCUGGUGAAGGAAUGCACAUGAAAUUAAUGGCUACAAUGUUCCAGAAUAUGUUCCCCACAAUAAAUAUUACCACUGUAAAGUUAAAAAAUAUAAGACGCUGUGUCCUAAUGAAUUAUAACCCAGCAACUAAGUUGAUAGAUUUUAGACACUAUGUGAUAAGAGCAAUACCUGUUGGAUUGAACAAAGGAAUUAAAAAGAUGGUGCAGGGAAAAAUUCCGAAUCUCAACCGUUGCAAGGAUAUAUCAGAGUUUUUCGAUAAGGCAGCACUUUUGUCAGAGAGUGAGUUUGAAGAUGAUGCAAACAACCAAGUGACUCUUCCGCAGACUUUGGCCUCUAGAGGUGCUGCUGAGAACUCACAGUCUGCAAUUAGAUUGGUAGAACUGGGUCCAAGGAUGACUUUGCAAUUAAUUAAGGUUGAAGAUGGUCUUAUGGAUGGAGAAGUUUUAUUCCAUGAACUUGUAGAGAAGACAGAAGAAGAAAAGGCAUUGAUUAAGAAGAAGAGAGAAGAGAAGAGGAGGUUAAAGGAAAAACGGAAAUCACAACAAGAAGAGAAUGUUAAACGUAAACAGAAAGAGAAAGAAGAGUUGAAGCAGAAGGCUCUAGAAGGAAUCCAGAAAAAGAAAGAACUGACUGAGAACCAAAGGUUAAUGGAGCUAGCAGCAGCUGAAACUCAGGAUACAGAAGAGCAAGAAGAUGAUGCAGAUUAUUACAGACAAGAAGUUGGAGCGGAACCUGAACAAGACCUUUUCACACAACACCCAUCAAGGAAAAGAAAAUCGGAAGACAGUGAACAACCAAGAGGCUUCAAGAAAAUGCGUCUCGACAAGAAGUUGAAAAAGAAAUACCAAGGCAAACAAGAUAAUGAAGGGAAAUCUGAUAAGUUUCAAGGGAAAAAUAGAUUUCCGAACAAAGAUGGUGGGAAUUUUCAGGGGAAAAAAAGAUUUCCGGACAAGGAUGGUGGAAAAUUUCAAGGGAAAAAAAGAUUUCCCAGCAAAGAUGGUGGAAAAUUUCAAGGAAGGAAUCAAGAUACUAGGAAUAAAAAUACAAAAGUUUUUGGCGGGAAAUUUAACAAGUUUAAUAAAUUUGGAAAUAACAAAGGAAAUGCUGGAAAGAGUAAAGGAAAACAAAGGAAAUGAAGGUAUAACAUACAUUAAAAAUUAUUGUAUUUUAUUUUUAAGAACUUGCAUACAUGAGUAUUAAGAGGUAGAUGUUCAGCAAAUCCAUAUUAGGAAUUCCUAUUAAAUAAACAUCUCAUAUUAUAUGUAAAUGAUUAUGAAUAUGUAUUAUGUACAAAGAAUUGGACAGUGCUGAUUAAUAUGUUCUAAGAAAACAAAUCAAUAAAGUACAUUAAUUUA